AUGCUUAGAGAACCUGCGCUACGCCUCUGCCGGCCUUUAGGAAUCCGGGAGAACCCGAGAGCUCUCCGCAGAGGAGGCGGAGCCUCUACCUGCCGCCAGAGUCGUACUACUGGGUUGCAAAUUGAAAGGGUCAUCCAUCCCUUAAGCACGCCUAGGUGUGCUGGCACAGGAGUCGAAUCUGGUGAGCUGGUUCAGCCUGAUAAAGUGGAAAACGCUGAGACGUGGAAAGCCGCCAUCACGAAUGACACACUAACUAUCUGCACUAGAAAGUUCAUGACCAACCGACUGCUUCAGAGGAAACAAAUGGUCAUGGAUGUCCUUCACCCCGGGAAGGCAACAGUGCCUGAGACAGAAAUUCGGGAAAAACUAGCCAAAAUGUUCAAGACCACACCGGAUGUCAUCUUUGUAUUUGUAUUCAGAACUCAUUUUGGUGGUGGCAAGACAACUGGCUUUGGCAUGAUUUAUGAUUCCCUGGAUUAUGCAAAGAAAAAUGAACCCGAACAUAGACUUGCAAGACAUGGCCUGUAUGAGAAGAAAAAGACCUCAAGAAAGCAACGAAAGGAACGCAAGAACAGAAUGAAGAAAGUCAGGGGGACUGCAAAGACCAAUGUUGGUGCUGGCAAAAAGUGAGCUGGAGAUUGGAUCACAGCCGAAGGAGUAA